CGUCCAUAGCGCACAGUUUUGAUGAAGACAUUAAUUAAAAUAAGAAAACAAAUAAAGCUUGCCACAUAAUCAUCUUUUCGGGAAUUGUGAAUAAAUAGCUAGCACCAGUUGGAUUACUUCAGCAUCAGAAUAGCCCUCAUCCCACACAAAAAAAGUGCCAUUCACUAACUGCUAAAAAAUAUAACAGAACUCGAUUCUUCAGAACGAGAGAGAGAGUGCCUACAACAAUCCAAGCACUCCUAGACAAUUAAAUUCAAAAACCUUUACAAAACAGCAACCAUUAGUACGAUUGAAAAGAAUAAUUUUAAAAAAAAACAUUCAAUUUUAUUUCAUUUUUUAGGCAAACCCAUGUAAAUAAUCUGCCACCACAUACAUUUAUAUAUAGAUUUUAUACUUUUGACAAAAUGUGCUUAACAAACAACACGCUUUUAUAUGUAUAGUAGUCGCAUAAUGGGUGCAUAAUUUUUCAUUUUUAUAUUUUCUUAACUUCAAUUCUGGAAGGCAACAGCGAGGGCGCUAUCCAAGACUCUUCCGAAAUGCGUCAUGAGCUUAUCAAGGAUGAAGCUACUAGCCCCGCCUUGUUUCACCGAAUCGAAGCAAUCGCUGCUGAACGAAUAGGAAGCGCUCAACCGGGUCCCGACUCCGCCCAAAUCCCCCUUGUUAAGCAAAUCCCUGCUCAUUUCAAGGUCAUCCACGGAGUUACCGAAGCUGUCGGUGCAGUCCUCGACGAUUUGGGAUUUCGUGCUUGGGUCGAGCCCGGCCGUGGCGUUCACUAUCACCGGCGUAGCGCUCUGAAUCUUCUUAGCCACGUAAAGGGCCGCGUCAAUUGCGUUCAGCGUCGCGUCGUGGAGGUUCGUCGCGCCUUUCACGAUUUUGGUGCACAAUCGCUUGCUGGUUGCCGUUUUGCAAAAAGGGCUGAUCACUACCGGUGGAGCAUUGCUGGCAGCCGUCAUCUCGGUCAGGAAGAGAAGGAAAAUGUAUAGAAAGAGCAUUGAGAAAGACAUUGAAUUUAGUUUCGCCAUGAUUGCGGGUUUGUUCUCCUUGCUCUUUCUUUUGCUUUUCCGGUGGAUUUUUUUAAUUUAUUUCUUUUUUGGGCAAGAAGAAAGGAAUCAAAAUAAAGAAAAGAAAACUGGGUGAUUAAUACAUUGCGGGAAAAUGGUCCUUAAAUAAUGCUGUGUGGUUCUCCAUGAUUGUAGUUACAUGUGAAAUGUUU